AUGGACAGCAGGGUGUGGGGUGCCUGCGUCCUCUGCUUGCUGGGCCCCUUGCCGAUCGUCCUGGGCCACGUGCACCCAGAAUGUGACGUCGUCACUCAGCUGAGAGAGGAUGAGCAAGCAUGUCUACAAGCUGCCGAAGGGAUGCCCAACUUCACCUUGGGCUGCCCCAGAAUCUGGGACGGGCUGCUGUGCUGGCCGACGGCGGGCUCCGGCGAGUGGGUGAGCCUCCCCUGCCCAGCUUUCUUCUCUCACUUCAGCUCGGAGCCAGGGGCGGUGAAGAGGGACUGCACCAUCGUAGGCUGGUCAGAGCCCUUCCCGCCUUAUCCCGAGGCCUGCCCUGUGCCCCUGGAGCUGCUGACUGAGGAGAAAUCCUACUUCUCCGUGGUGAGGAUCGUCUACACCAUGGGCCACAGCAUCUCGGCCGUGGCCCUCCUAGUGGCCAUCAUCAUCCUGGUUGCUUUCAGGAGGCUCCACUGCCCCAGGAACUACAUCCACACCCAGCUGUUCAUCACCUUUAUCCUCAAGGCGGGAGCUGUGUUCCUGAAAGACGCCACCCUCUUUCACCACGAGAACAUGGACCACUGCAGCCUCUCCACUGUUCUGUGCAAGAUUUCUGUGACCACCUCCCAUUUCGCUACCAUGACCAACUUCAGCUGGCUGCUGGCAGAAGCUGUGUACCUGACCUGCCUCUUAGCCUCCACAUUGCCCAGCACGAGGAGGGUCUUCUGGCGGCUGGUUUUCGCUGCCUGGGGGCUUCCUCUACUCUUCACCGGCAUGUGGGUGGGUUGCAAGUUGGCCUUUGAAGAUGUUGCGUGCUGGGACCUGGACGACAGCUCCCCCUACUGGUGGAUCAUCAAAGGACCCAUCGUCCUCUCUGUUGGGGUGAACUUUGGGCUUUUUCUCAAUAUUAUCCGUAUCCUGCUGAGGAAACUGGAGCCAACUCAGGGCAGCCUCCACACCCAGCCUCAGUACUGGCGUCUCUCUAAGUCAACGCUUCUCCUCAUUCCACUGUUUGGAAUUCACUAUAUCAUUUUCAACUUCCUGCCUGACAGUGCUGGCCUGGACAUCCGCCUCCCCCUAGAACUGGGACUGGGCUCUUUCCAGGGCUUCAUUGUUGCUAUCCUGUACUGCUUCCUCAACCAAGAGGUGAGGACUGAGAUCUCACGGAGAUGGCACGGCCACGAUCCUGAACUUCUGCCAGCCCGGAGGACUCAUAUCAAGUGGACGACACCUCCACACUCGAGGGUGAAGGUGACUGUUCACGUGCCCUCACAUCCCUGGGCCGGGGAGCCUUUCACCGGGACACACUCCGGGGAGUGA